GCCGCGCGCCGCCGCCUCUUCCGCGUUCAGGGAUCAGCCGGUGACAGAAGUGCUGAGAUCCGGACGGGCCCGUUUCACCUGCGUUCAUUUCACUUACCGGAGGAAAUAAGGCGAUAUGUCGUACGAGCUCAAGCGCGUGUUUGCCAGCCUGCCCCAAAUGGAGAGGGGCGUGGCCAAAGUCCUGGGCGGAGACCCCAAAGGAAACAACUUCUUGUAUACUAAUGGAAAGAGUGUCAUUAUCAGGAAUAUUGACAACCCUGCGAUCGCAGACAUCUACACUGAACAUCCUCAUCAGGUCAUCGUAGCGAAAUACGCCCCCACUGGGUUCUACAUCGCGUCGGGCGAUGUGUCCGGGAAAAUCCGGAUCUGGGACACCACGCAGAAGGAGCAUCUGCUGAAGUACGAGUAUCAGCCGUUCGGAGGGAAGAUCAAGGACAUCGCCUGGACCGAAGACAGCAAGAGAAUCGCCGUGGUGGGGGAGGGCCGAGAGAAGUUCGGGGCUGUGUUUCUCUGGGACACGGGUUCCUCGGUGGGAGAAAUCGUGGGUCACAGUAAGAUCAUCAACAGCGUUGACAUCAAGCAGACGCGGCCGUAUCGUCUGGUGACGGGCAGCGACGACAACUGCACCACCUUCCUGGAGGGACCGCCCUUUAAAUAUAAAUGCACCAUAAGCGAUCACAGUCGGUUCGUCAACUCUGUGCGCUUUUCUCCUGAUGGGAAUCGUUACGCAUCGGCCGGUGCAGACGGUCAGAUUCUGCUGUAUGAUGGGAAGACUGGGGAGAAGGUGGGCUCUCUGGGUGGAGAGAAUGCUCAUGCCGGUGGCAUUUAUGCUGUCAGCUGGAGUCCUGACAGCACGCAGCUCAUCUCGGCGUCAGGAGAUAAGACCGUUAAACUGUGGGAUGUCGGCAGCGGGACGACAGUGACGACCUUUAACAUGGGCGCUGAUGUUCUGGAUCAGCAGCUGGGCUGUCUGUGGCAGAAGAAUCACCUGCUCAGUGUUUCUCUGUCCGGCUACAUCAACUAUCUGGACAGAAAUAACCCUGACCGUCCGCUGCGCACCAUUAAAGGCCACACUAAAUCCAUCCAGUGUCUCACGGUUCAUAAGGCGGACGGACGAUCCAACAUCUAUUCAGGCAGUCAUGAUGGACACAUUAAUUACUGGGACUCGGAGACCGGAGAUAAUGACGAGUUUCUGGGGAAGGGACAUUCCAACCAGGUCUCCAGGAUGGCCGUGGAUGAGUCCGGUCGUCUGGUGUCCUGCAGCAUGGACGAUACGGUUCGCUACACUGACCUCAAGAAGAAAGAGUACAGUGCAUCUGAUGUGAUAAAAAUGGACAUGCAGCCGAAGUGUGUAAGCGUUGGUCCGGGAGGUCUCGCUGUCACUGCGUGUAUUGGGCAGCUGGUUCUGUUGAAAGACAAGAAGAAGCUCUUCACUCUGGACGGUCUCGGGUACGAGCCAGAAGCUGUCGCUUGUCAACCCGGAGGUGGAACUGUGGCUGUGGGCGGAGCUGAUGCAAAGGUGCACCUGUACUCUGUUCAGGGAAACACCCUGAAGGAUGAUGGGAAGGUUCUGGAUGUUCAGGGGCCUGUGACGGACAUGUCGUACUCUUGGGACGGGGCGUUCCUCGCAGUCACGGAUGAGAAGAAGGUUGUCAGUGUGUUCACUGUCGCUGACGGAUACAUGGAGAAGAAUGAGUUUUACGGACAUCACGCGAAGGUGGUCUGUUUGGCCUGGUCACCUGACAAUGAACACUUUGCCACCGGUGGAAUGGACAUGAUGGUUUAUGUGUGGACGGUCAGUAAUCCUGACAAGAGGAUCAAAAUCCCAGACUCUCAUCGCCUGCAUCACGUCAGUGGCCUGGCGUGGCUCAAUCCAAACACGCUCGUCACGACCUCUCACGACUCCUGUGUGAAACAGUGGACCUUAAAAAUCUAAACUCACGCACAAGAUCUCAGGAUCAACAGGAAAAGAGACCACGUCUCUCUCUCUCUCUCACUCUCUCUCUCUCUCUCUCUCUCUCUCUCUCUCUCUCUCUCUUUAUGGCUUUUUGUCUAGUGUCUGUCCGUAUGUCACUGCUGCCAUGUGCGUUUCACACGCGGUUUAGAAGCUCCUAAGUAAUUCAGCUAAUAAACAAACACACAAUGGAAAGAUGUUGUGUAUCGCUGCACAGAUAGACAGACAUGAACUCAGAAACACUGAAGCACUUGAUCUUCCAAUCUGACCGGAAACUCUGUCAUUGUGACAUUCCAGAAGCAGGGAUCAGGGAUUCAUCGCCCGGCCGGGAGUUCUCGAAACCUAAUGUGACCGUGUGUUCCAGGAGCUCUGUGGCGGACGUCUCCUCGCCUGUGUGUGUGUGUGUGUGUGUUGAGAGGGUGUAAGGGAGCAAUAAUCAUGAGAAAUAAACAGCAGAACGUGUCGGAGCUGGUGUAACAAUAGCUAUAUCUCCUCUAACCCUCACAUGUUGUUUAUUUACGGUUUAUGUUCGAAUUUCUCUGGUUCAUUUUUCAUUGAGUGGAUGUGAUUCAUAAUUAUAUUAUUAAUGAUAAUAAAACACUUUUUAUGCAA